GUGGCCUGUCCCAUUCCCCAGCGUCCCCCGCGGCAGCAGGCACUGACGUGGCCGCCGUCAGAGCCGCCAUCUUGUGGGAGCGAAACCAACGCCUGGCUCGGAGCAGCAACAGCACCGCGGCCACCGAGGGUUUUUCUGGCCAGUGUCUCUCCCUCCAGUCUACAGCAUGGGGAAUAUCUUUGCGAACCUCUUCAAGGGCCUUUUUGGCAAAAAAGAAAUGCGCAUUCUCAUGGUGGGCCUGGAUGCUGCGGGGAAGACCACCAUCCUGUACAAACUGAAGCUGGGCGAGAUCGUGACUACCAUCCCCACCAUAGGUUUCAAUGUGGAGACUGUGGAGUAUAAGAACAUCAGCUUCACCGUGUGGGAUGUGGGCGGCCAGGACAAGAUCCGGCCUCUGUGGCGCCACUACUUCCAGAACACACAAGGUCUCAUCUUUGUGGUUGACAGCAAUGACCGAGAGCGUGUGAAUGAGGCCCGAGAGGAGCUCAUGCGGAUGCUGGCGGAGGACGAGCUCAGAGAUGCUGUCCUGCUUGUGUUCGCAAACAAGCAGGACCUCCCCAAUGCCAUGAACGCCGCCGAGAUCACAGACAAGCUGGGCCUGCAUUCUCUGCGCCACAGGAACUGGUACAUUCAGGCUACCUGUGCCACCAGUGGGGACGGGCUCUAUGAGGGACUGGACUGGCUGUCCAAUCAGCUCCGGAACCAGAAGUGAGCCGCACUCCUCUCUCCCCCACUCCCUCCUUCACCCUUGCUUUCCUAUCAUGUGGCAGAUGUGCCCCUGUGGUGUGAGUGCCAGAAGCUGUCUCCAUGGUUGGUCCCAGUGUGCUUCAUCAUGCUGUACAUGUGCAGAUGCAGCCUGCAACCAGGUUUUUAUUUAAUGUAAAUAGUUCUUGUUUCCAAUGAGGCAGUUUCUGGUACUCCUAUGCAAUAUUACUCAGCUUUUUUUAUUGUAAAAAGAGAAUCAACCAACUGUUCAGUACUGAGAAGGGAUUUUAGGCACCUGGGGCCUCGAGGAGUUGCUGUGAGAUCAGCUCAACGCUCCUGUUCUGGGCUUUAGAUCUCCGUUGAGAUCCAUUUUGGUGGUUGGUUUCUAACCCAAACUCAGUGCAUUUUUUAAAAAUAGUUAAAAUACAAGGUCAGAAGACACUUGAACGUAAAGAAGGGAGAAAUGUGCCUAGUGUAGGUUCUGCAGAAAUGUCUUGAGUCCAGUCUACCCGUGGUCUCUCUCUCUCGUCUGGAGUGUGCAGUGGGCAGAACCAGCCACAAUACAUUCUGCAUGGUCACAUAUGGUCCCUGAUUGGCUCUAUCUCACUGGGUCAUCCGCAUCCCGUAGUGUUUAUGCCUGUACCCAUGCUUACACCACUGCCUAGGGGAUGGGCUGGGGGCUGUGGCCACCACUCACAGACCCCUUGGAGGGACCCCAGCCUUCCCUUGGGUCAGUGUGGGUUAGCGUAGGUGCUUUGGUGGGACCACUCUAGCCAGAAUGGAAGCCCCCCAUGGUCCCCAUGCAUGCUCACUUGCUCCAGGUUGUUUGGGUUUCACCAGUAGAAAUGCAGACAGGUGGCCAGUCAUCUUAGAGCCUAGCUCCUCAGAGCCCCCGUCCACAUGUGCUUUCACUUCCUUAGCCUGCAAGGGUCAGAUUUGACAUGGAAAACAACAACCUCUACUUUUUUCUUUUGUAUUUUGAUAAACACUGAAGAAGCUGGAGCUGUUAAAAUUUAUCUUGGGGAAAACCUCAGAACUGGUUUAUCUGGUGUCGUGGAGCCUCUUAUUGCUUUCAAUACACAAUUAGUAAUCAACUGUUUUGUAUACUUGUUUUCAGUUUCAACAAACAAGCACUGUAAUUAUAGCUGUUAGAAUAAAAUCUCAACUGUUUCAUGGCUUUCCAGUGCUUGGGUACCGUUGACCAAGGCUGCCUCCUGUGACAUUGGCAGGGAUGGCUUAGGGAAUAUGGCCAACCCCUGACCCACCCCAGACCAUGUGCAUCCUCCCCCCCUACCCCUCGGUAGGUGUGGGUAUGUGCCAGCACCCCUGGGGGACUUCCUCAUUGGUCUCUCCCCGUUGGCAUUCCCCAGCCUUGGUCCAUUCUCAGUGAUGCCAAGCCAAGAGAGGACCAACGAGGUCCUCAUGUGGGGUGUGUCUAUGAGAGGCCAGGGCCUGGGAUCAUCUGUGGAGGUACCUCUAAAAAGGGACGUGAACCCUUGGUCUAGUUUCAUAUUUUUUGGGAGCCUUUGCCACGGUGCACACCUGUGCCCAUUUGGAUGCUGUGGGCCCUCUACCUGCGCUUUGGGGGUGUCCCUUUGACCUGGAGCCCUUCUGGCCAUUCCUCUGCCCUGUUAUCUAGUUUCACUAAUGGUUGAGAAACAGGGGCAGGGCUCUGAGGACAG